AUGAAUGACGAAGACAUUUCGACACUCUUAUGGCGGUUAGAAAAUGGAGAGGUAUCAGAAGAUGAAAGUGAUCUAGACGAGGAUGCCUUAGACUAUUAUGAUAAUGUCGGUGAGUUGCAAGCAGAUCUUGAAAGAGAGAACCAAAUACUAGAAGAAAUAUUGACCGAAAAUGAUGGGACAGCCCCUGAUCCUCCACUAAUAUUUGAUGAACUAGUAGAAAACCAGCCCCAUUCCAACGCCACUCCUAGUUUACGGGAUUUGGAAGAUGUACAGAAAACAUCUGUACCAAGGGGUUCGUACGACGAGAAUGUUGCUUCUCUUGAUGGUGUUGAGUUUGCAGCGACUAGCUGGAAGGAUAACAAACAGGUCUUGCUGUUAUCUACGUAUGUAGGUGCAAAUCCUGUGGGUACUAUUAGCCGCUAUGACAAGAAGCAGAAAAAAAACAUAUCAAUACCAUGUCCGAAAGUAAUUGAAGAAUAUAAUGCACAUAUGGGUGGUGUGGACACAAUGGAUAGUUAUUUAGGGCGAUAUAGGAUCCGAAUGAAGUCCAAGAAGUGGACCAAUAGACUAUUCCAACAUAUGCUGGACAUGGCGGUAAUAAACAGCUGGAUUUUAUACAAGAAAGUUUCACUGAAAAAGAAAACAAAUCCAAAAAACAUUUUAAAACUUGUUGAUUUUCGGACGGAGCUAGCUGAAACUUUGUGCAAGUAUGGGGCCGUAUCUGAAAAUAAAAGAGGCAGACCCAGCAUGAAUAGACAGGAAAAUACGUCAAAAAAGAGACCAAAGAUUGGUGCACAGACAUUACCACCAAACGACGUCCGUACUGAUGGAGUUGGACAUGACAAAAGCUACAACACUAAGAGAAAUCAGUGCAAAUAUGCAAAUUGCAAAAAAACUAACUUCUGUAAUGUGUACUAA